AAAGCAGCGCGCAAAUGGCAAGUGGCGCUUGCUCUGUUUUACCGACCGAGCAAUGACGAGCUGUCAUGGCGAACAACCGUGGUGUACGUUUUCGUGCACGAUAAAACAAAAAUAAUGAUUCCUAUUAGGAAUAUCUUAAAUAAGUGCUUGAAGAACUGCUGUGGUUACUCUAAAGUAUCAUGAUUAACGUGUGCAAGUUAUAAUUAGACUUAAGUUAGUGAAAAUGGACAAGAAAAAUGCGAUUCGGAGAGCCAAAAGGCCUUCUAAGGUUCUUGAAGAAAAUUAUUGGGACUGCAGCGUUUGCACGUACAGGAACAAUGCAGAAGCCUUUAAGUGCUCGAUGUGUGACGUCAGGAAAGGCACAUCAACCCGAAAGCCGCGCAUCAACCCGGCGCUGGUGGCGGCGCAAGCGGCCGGCACCGCCCCCACCAGCUCACAGAAGAGACCACGCUCCGCCAACUCCUCACAGAAGAGAUCACGCUCCGCCAACUCGCUCAAAAAGAAGCGGCGACCCCCUCGCCUCAGCAACGUCGACCGCAGCUCCGCGCAGACCAGAGAGGUAACAGUAAGCGGCGUAACUGUGGUGAUCACAGAGUACAAGCCCAAGAAAUCAGUCUCCAGUAGCUCCAGCGACGUGGAAUCCUCCAACGACGCGCGUCCGUGAUAUCCAGGUCACUUCCACAAGGUUUGGCCCCUGUUAGGUACUUAAAUAGUUCUCGGUGGAAAAUAUCUCAUACCAUAACCGAAGGCUUAUUGUACUACGUGUAGUACAAAUUCUUAGCUCUCAUGAAGAAUGCUUUAAAUAACUUGUACCUACUUUAGGUAUGAUAUUUCCGAGGUCACUAGCUGUCCUGUUCAGGAAAGUUCGUUGUAUAUGAAACGAGAAAAUAUAUUGUAUUUGUGUGGGUGUAAUUUUCGUUUUUUGUGUUGACCUUUUUAAAUCAACUUAACGCCUUCCGACUUUAUUUAUUUUGAUUGACAAUUAUUUUCUGUUAGUUACUCAGAUUCAUUUUUGAGCCUUAAGUGUACAGUGUACGUAUGAGUAUGACCACGAAAUGUAUGUCUUAAAUUUUUAUGAUCAGUUUCAAGAAUCGAAACUGAAAAGCACCACGAAUCCACGAUCUCCGUAAAAGAAGCAUACAUGUAAAUGAAAAAUUGUGUACCUAGUUCCUUACAUUUCUCUUGUAACCCUCUAAGGUCCUAUGAGUCAUGAUUCCACACGCUGAACGAAGAAUCCCAUACACAUAGACUAUGUCUAAGUAUUCCCCGACGUAUUUCCAGUUCGCUGUUCCGUAGGAAAUAUUGCAAGUCGUCAGUGUUAUGUAAAAUAUACAAAAUAGAGGUUUUACAGUAAUACCACCUUUUAUUGUGAAAUAUGAAAUUUGUGAAGAUGACAAAUUAUUGACGGUUUUUAGUUUUCCAUAUUAUGUACUAUAUAAAGUACAUUUGGUUUUGGUCGAACAAAUUGAAAAUUUGCACAAAAUUUUAAAGACUUUGAAUUUCUCUUUUCUGUUUUAAGUGGCGAAUCAGCGUUUUUAAAAUGUUCGUACACAAUUUAGUAUUUAUAGCAAUUACAGCUAACUCAAACGCAAUUCACUUUUAUUAUGUUACCAUUUUUUUAAUGAUACGCUAUGUGGAUAUUGUCGAUAUCACUUUUUUUUAUAAUUAAAAUACAUAUAAUCGUGUUUUUAAUCAUUGAAAACUUGGUAACAAAAUAGGAAAGAUAACGGCGUUUGAGUUAGCUAUUCUAAAUGUGUGCAAACUAUUGUAGAAAUGCUCAAAUGAAUUUAUAGAAUGUAAUUAAGAAUCGCGACGUGGGAAGUGUAAAUAUUGGAAAGACCAGCUGGUCACUGCCAAAAUGUAAAAUGCAUGUAUAUAAUAGAUUUGGAAUUUUUGGAGUCACUGCUGAAAAGUGAGUCUAAGGCUGUCAGUAUCACUUUAUCUGUCAAAAUUGGCAGUUAAUUAAUAAUUUUACAAUACUACGUAAAUGGAAUUGUACUUCAUAAGGGACAAAAAGGGAAAAAACAUUGAGCGAUCAUAAAAAUGCUUUAAAUGACCGAGUAUCAGCAAAUACCUGUGCAUAUUUCUUAUUGCAUCGGCAAUUGAAUGACAGUUAAAUUUAUUGCCGCUUGUCCUUUUUUCAAAACCCAACCUUAAUAGGGCGAUCGUUCAUAAAAUAUAAUUGAGAAAGUAGUUGUAUAAUGUAUAAGUAAUCAGUCAAUUGAAUUGACAGUUUUGACCGAUCAUUUUGGAAGAAAUAUAUGAAGCAAGUUAACGGUCAAUGUUGAUAAGAAUGGUUAUUUAUAUUUCCAAUGGUAUUUGUCGUGAAUUCUACGUAUUUAAUGCUGAUCUCUUUUUUUAUCACUGGAAGGUUUUUGUCUAAAAUUGAUGAUUUACUUGGAUAACCCUUACAUUUAUCACAUGAUUUCUAAUAUGUAUUCGUAUCAUUUUUAGGGUUUCGUACCCAAAGGGUAAAAACGGAACCCUAUUACUAAGGCUCCGCUGUCUGUCUGUCUGUCUAUCUGUCUAUCCGUCUGUCUGUAUGUCCAUCUGUCACCAGGCUGUAUCUCAUAAACCGUGAUAGCUAGACAGUUGAAAUUUUCACAGAUGUAUGUCUGUUGCCGAGCUAUAAGAACAAAUACUAAAAACUGAAUAAAGUAAAUAUUUAAGUGGGGCUCCCAUACAACAAACGUGAUUUUUUGCCUAGUGGUACGGAAACCUUCGUGCGCGAGUCCGACUCGCACUUGGCCGUUUUUUUUACUUUUUGUUCACUCAUGUAUUCAUGUACGAUCACAUUGUACCUAUGUACAUUUAUUUUCACGAGGAGAUGAGACGUGUAUUGUAGUAGUCUUUAAAAAAAAUUGCUAUAACAGCAAUUAUUUUAAUGAUUGUCAUUAAAAUACGCACAAUUGAAUUAAACUGUUGAUACAUGUUAUCACAAAAUUAAUUAAUAGAUAUUAAAUUAUGAAAUUGUAAUUUACUUAUAUUUUUUAAACAUAUAAUGCAUCACUUGGCAAUUUAUCCAUUAUUUAUGUAAUAUUUUCAAUCUGCAUGUUAUUAUUGGUCUAUAAAAAGAAUAAACAAAUUAAUUAAUAGGCAGAGCGGCAAUGCCAAUACUAUUUUUGUUUACUUGAUUGUCGCAGAGGAGAUUAAUGUAUUUUUUAUAUACAAUAAAUAACACAUGUUUUGCUGCUAAUAAUGUUGCAAACCUUUUCAAAGACCAAUAAGCAGUAACAUGACGUUUUAGACAUAUACAUAUAUAAGUUUUGCUAUUGUUCUGAUGCCUUGAUUUAUAAAAAAAAACAGAACUGAACGUGUUUUAAGCAUAUGACAAUUAAAAAAUCUAGGCGAAUAGAUUCGAUUCGAUAAGACCACAUAUUCUAUAGCAAUUAGAUGCAGUUUCGUAAGUACAUAAUAGGUCCUUUUUUUGUCCUUAGGAAACUAGGAUUCUUCUAAGGUAUUAUUUCCCUACUAGAUUUGCACUCUUUCUUUAUUCCAUAUUGUAUUUUCACAUCACCAAUUCGAAAAAGGGCUUUUUCUUCCCUGCUAGGAGGGAUCAAAGUGGCACUUUUCUUCCCUGCUAGGACGGAUCAAAUUGACACUUUUCUGUUCUAGGACACUAUUUUUACAUUUUUUUUCGUAUUUUUUUUUGUGUUUAAAUAAUAUUUUUAAACAUUAUAAUUACCUCAUAGGUGAUGUGAAAAGCAAUAUGUGUCACAUGGUAGCAAAAUUAUUUCCAUCUUGGGCGUAAAACACUUGAAUCCCUCACUACGCUCAGGAUUCUACUUUAGAAUCCCUCGCUACUCUCGGGAUUCUAUUAUAGAAUCCCUCGCUUCGUUUAGGAUUCAAUUGUACGCCCUCGCCGUAAAUAUGUCAUUUUGCUCCCUUGUGACACAAUCUACUAUUAAUGCCUAGCUAAAAUAAGUUACCAAAAAUCUGUCGGCCCUUUUCUGUGUUCCUUGCGUUUUUUUUAAGUAUUUAUUUUAGCUAUAAGUCGUACAUUUUUCGUUAGCUUUAGAGUAUUCGUUAUGUAUUUUAGGAACUCAUAUUAAUUAGGCAGGUACCCAAUGGUGAAAAUUAACGUAACAAAUAAAUAGCGUAUUUUCUAAUUAACAAUUUAAUUACAUUGAUAUAAAUGGAAUUUGAUAUCACUAAUUAGCGAAAUAUUAUUUUACUCGAAGAAUAAUACAAUUUCUUAACGACCGCAAAUUUUAUUUCCUGAUUGCCUUAAUAGAUUACCUUACGUACGUAAAAUUUGUAAAGUUUGUUUCCGUUGCGCUCACACCCACGAUACCCACCUCCAAUCUAGGGAUACACAAACAAUUUUAGGACAAUCAUUUGUUCCAUUUUUAAUCUAUUAUGGCCUGGAUACAAGUCCAAUACCAAUCGUUGUCCUAUCGUUUAGUUACUAAACACGUAUAGGUAUUUUUUUUUAUUCUACUAAACUAGUAGAAUUAAAAAAAAUACCUACGUGUUUCUCAGAGAUAACGGACUAUGAUAUAGCUAGUUAUUAAUCAUAGUAAUAAUUUUGGUACCUAUUAAUUUAUUAUCAUUUUAUUUAUUAUAAUAAACUUAACCAUGUUUAGGCUAUAUGAUAACCACAGUUUCUACAAUAACAUUUAUUUUAUAUUAAUGUUCUACUUGUAGGACAAUACAAAACUCAGAAAAACCAGAAGUAUAAAUAAAACUAGUGUUGUUUUUUUAUAGUUUUGUGUAAGUGAAAAAUAUACAUAGAUAUACAAUAUUUUUUCACCAUCAUCAAUAUCAAUAAUAUCAUCCAGCAAAAUACGUUACAUGCAAAUUUAGUCUGUAGCUGUAACAACAUGCGCUUUCUGCCAAUUGUUCGUUGUAAAGGACUUAUGGUGUUUUAUUUUAUGUGUAACGUAUUUUGUUGACCAUGCUCAUUGGCCACUCCAAUCUGCUAGGGAUUUUAUACGAAUUAUUUUGUUUCCUGCCUGGCUAGCACAUGAUUGGCGCGACAGUAUCUCGCGGCGAGAUAGACUAUAGUAUUAAUUUUCUCAAAUGAUUUUUAGGCCUCAGACCCCAAUCCGUUAAACCAAAGCCUUUGUUUCUUUUAUGGUGCGGCGCCUUAGUCGCGUGCCGAGCGCGUGCUAAAGCAACCAUGUCAUUAAAAAUCAACUAUCGUGAUAGUAUUAAGUAUGGAUGGUAUAGAAAGGACGCCAAUCUCUUAUGGCAGAAUUGUUGAAAAAGUGACCGCUUUCAGCUUUAAAUAAUAGUUCCUAAUCUCUCCGGUGGCGCUAGUUAGGCUCUGGGACAUGAGUAUAACGUAUAACAUAAACCAACAAAUAACCCGACCAAAUUACGUAGGUUGUUUUUGGUAGUAUUUCGGUGUAUGGUGGCGCCGCCUAAUUACUGUUUUUUGAUGGACACUUUUCAUACAUAGAGAUUUGGCUCCUUUAUAUAGUCUAACAGGUCAUUCUGAGAUAACGAGUUUGGGUAAUGAAGGACGAACGGGUGCCUGUGUGUGGCCUCAGAAUACAGAGCGGCUACAUAAAUUUGAACCAUAUAAAUAGGACGGUAAAAUUUCUUUUUAAACGAGUUUGUUCCCGUUCAGUCAGUAGUGGUAGCAUUGGUAACCGCUGAACAAAAGAAACAAAGGCUUUUGUUUAACAGAUUAGGGUGUGAGGCGUAUAAAUAAUUUGAGAAAAUUCAUACUAUACCCGUCCCUCUUUAAUUAACAUAGUUCUGCCGUCAGAUAUUAAAAGGCAGUCUUCUGUGAACAAAAUGUUCUAAGAAUACUGCAUUUUAGUAUCUAACGGCCGAGUUAGAAACAGACGGGUAGUCCAUUCACUACUGCUUAUACGCAUAAUUUCGAGGACGUAAACUAACGACGAGUUGUACAGUCGCCAUCAGAUCGGUCGGCCAAGGUGCUCACAAAUAUCUGAACACGCAUCUAUUGUCAAGAAUGCUCAGAUAUUAUUGAGCACCUCGACGGCUCCGAUAUUUCUGGCGCCUUUUCUGUUCCAGAAAGUAAGAUCAUUGGUGAUAAAAUUAUCCAUAAUUUUAUUUACCCAAAAACUACGUCGGGACUUGUUUUGGGCGAUGUAUGUCACAAAGAAAAAAGUUCUUUUUGCCCGAAUGUGUAUGACCCAUUGGUAUUGGAAAAUUUGCUUUGUAUAUGGUUUGUAUUCGCUACAGAUAACAUAUUUUUGUACGAAUAGCGUAGUGGCUCCGGUUUCGAUACAUCAGUUAACCUAUUUGUAUGUAGAGUAAUGUUAAUUAUUUCUAAGUAUGUAUCGAUGUACGGUCCUGUAUAUAAAGAUGUGGAAUUUA